AUGGAAAGCAAACAAGUUCCCCGUGAAGACAAAAAGGAUGAAUUAAUGGAAAUUGAAACCAAUGUUGCCGCCCAAUGGCAAAAACACAAAGCUUAUGAAGCAGAACCCCUUCCCAUCCAAAAGAAGUACUUUAUUACCUUCCCCUAUGCCUAUAUGAACGGAAAACUCCAUCUAGGACACAUGUUUAGUUUCAGUAAGGCCGACUUUACAGCUCGUUACAAACGAUUGCGCGGCUUUAAUGUUCUUUUCCCUUAUGCCUUCCACUGCACAGGUAUGCCUAUUAAAGCAGCGGCUGAUAAGUUAAAGGCCGAACUAAGUGGUGCUAAGGCUACUGGACAGAAAGAGAUUCUCCUCAGUAUGGGUAUUUCACCCCAGGAAAUAGAAUUGUUUGAAGAUCCGACUUACUGGCUGAGGUACUUCCCUCAACGGGCUAUUGAGACACUAACUCGCUUUGGAGCUCCAGUUGAUUGGCGGCGCUGUUUCAUUACUACUGAUGAGAACUUCUUUUACGACUCGUUCAUUCAGUGGCAGUUUCUGAAACUAAAGCACCAGAGACGCAUUGGAUUUGGCAAGCGGCAUACGAUCUUCUGUCCUAAGGACAAUCAGCCGUGUAUGGAUCAUGAUCGACAAACAGGUGAAGGUGUUCUUCCAGAAGAGUUCUCACUAGUUAAACUCCCAGUUACUGUUGAACAGCAAACUUAUACUUUACUAGCUGUGCUUAAGUCGGCUAAACCGAGUAAAUGUGUGCUAAAUAGUGAGACUAAGUAUAUUCAAGGUCAGCUAGAUGGCGAGUCUGUUGUUCUAUCGGCCGAGUCGAUUCUUAAUCUAGUGGCCCAGAAUCAUACGUUUGAGCAGACGGGCGAAGUGCUUGGAGCCAAAUUAGUCGGAGCGCAGGUAACUUACCGGCAGCAAAGUAUGACUAUUGAGGGCACCAAAGCAACUAGCUUGCCGGCCACGCAAAUCAUUCUCUCGGCGGCAGCAACUAGUAAAGAAGAGGAUAAGGAUAUGGGUAAAGAAGAGGAUCAGAAAGAGACCGAAUCGGAACGGGUGAUUGUGUACUUUGAGCCAGGGGCGCGGGUAGUUAGUCGAUCGGGAGCUGUAUGUGUGGUGGCUCUAGUUGACCAGUGGUACAUUGAGUAUGGCGAGCCGGAGUGGCAGGCACAGGUACAAGAGUGCAUUGAGGCGAUGGACCUGACAGAUGAAACCCGGGAAGCACUUAAUUCUGGACUGGCUUGGCUAUCUAAAUGGGCAUGCAGUCGUGGGUAUGGGUUAGGUACUCGUUUGCCUUGGGACCCCCAGUACGUGAUUGAUUCACUUAGUGACUCAACUAUUUACAUGGCUUUUUAUACGGUUUACCAUUUACUAGCCCAAGAUCUGUACGGCGAGUCGCCAUCGAUCGAUACGUCAAUUAUUGGUUAUGAGUUCUGGGAAGGUAUUUUUGGCAAGGAAGAAGCCUUCUUACAUCUGAUUGAAAAGCAUCCUAAAGAAUCAAAGUAUCUGCAAAAGAUCCGAGAGCAGUUCCUGUACUUCUACCCAGUUGAUUUACGACCUUCGGCUAAGGACCUGAUUAACAACCAUCUUCUUUUCUUUAUCUAUAACCAUGUUUCUUUAUUUGAUAAACGGUUUUGGCCAAAGAAGAUCUUUACUAAUGGCCACGUUCUUUUGGAUAAUGAUAAGAUGAGUAAAAGUACGGGUAAUUUCUUAACCGGAGAUGAUGCGAUUGCUAAGUUUGGAGCAGAUCCGGUUAGACUUACUUUAGCUGCCGCCGGUGAUACUAACCAGGACUCUAACUUCUCCCAACUCGCCUGUAAUGCAGCUAUUCUUCGUAUCCAUAAGGUUCUUAAGCAAACCUUAUCCCUUCUACCCAGCCUAACAGCUUCUCUACCAACAAUGCUAAACCUGACUCUACCUCUCGGCCCUUUCCUGGCCAAACUAGAAGCAUUCCUCACUGAGUCUUUACCAACGACUUUCUCUGAAGACACCUACUUCUUUAACCAAGUCAAUACGCUUAAGAACACUACGAUUACUAACUAUAAUGCUCUUUUCUUCCGUGAAGCAACUAUUCAUGGUUUCUAUGCUUUAGAUACACUAAUUGAGAACUACAGUCGAUCGGCUACGCCCAAUUCUAAUUUACUCCUUUAUGCCCAUUUACUCUUCUGUGUUCUUAACCACCCGAUCAUUCCGCAUACAACUGAGCAUAUUAUGCAAGGCUUCUUUAAUACGCAAGAGAUUGUCUUUAGCAACAGCGCUACUCCUAUUCUAACACCAUCUACUCUUAAUACUGAGGUAGUUGCUAUGGGCGCCUGGAUAGACAAAGUCUUAGUUCAUUUGCGGAAGAGCAUUCAAAGACACAAGAAGAAAGGAUCUAUUACUGCAGCUACUCUUCGACUUUUACCCGAUCUUUUGCCCUGGCACCGAUUGGCUCUUUCUCUUUCCCAGGAAGAGGCCAAAGCCACGGACUGGUCUGCCCACGGCAUUAAUCUACCAACUGUUCUGCAGUAUCUUUCAACUAAGCCCACUAUUCUUCCCAACCGUGUGGCCGCUCUCAACCAGGCUCUAGCUAAGUUCAGCACUGAGCCCGGCAUGCCCCAGGCUUCCGCUGAAGCUUCAUCCGAAGGCGGUCUUGAUCUACCCACGAUUUCAUUCUCUAUGAAGUAA